AUGUCUACAUUCCCGUCAUGGAAGGAUCGCACACAGAAUCAGUUCGGAAAGCUUCAGAUUCAGAUGCCAUGGCGCUCCUUUCAACUUCUGGUGCCCCAUCGCAUGCGCCGCAAGAUCCGCUCAAAGCUUCGGAGUCGUCUAUCGCCAACCUCAUCUAUCUCGACCCUACAGACCUCUCUCUCCCCGGUCGACACGCUUCGAUCCCUCCAGACUCAUCGUUGGACGAUAUAUGACUUCCAAUACUUGCUACUUCUAAUCCUCGGCAUCUUCUCCCUGAGCGUCAUGCAAUCCCCUGGCCCGCUCGCGAAGACCGGCAUCGCGACCCUAAUCCUUUUCUCGCUUCUUCUGCCUCUUACCCGGCAGUUCUUCCUCCCUUUCUUGCCUGUUGCUGGAUGGCUCAUCUUCUUCUAUGCGUGCCAGUUCGUUCCGAGCGAUUGGCGACCAGCCAUUUGGGUUCGCGUGUUACCCGCCAUGGAAAAUAUUUUGUACGGCGCCAACAUCAGCAACAUCCUGUCCGCCCACCAAAACGUUGUGCUGGACAUUCUAGCGUGGAUUCCUUACGGCCUGUGCCACUACGGCGCACCCGUUGUUGUCUCCACAAUCCUCUUUAUCUUCGGUCCCCCGGGCACCACCCCCCUCUUCGCCCGGACUCUCGGAUAUAUCAGCAUGUUGGCUGUGACCAUUCAGCUGUGCUUCCCCUGCUCGCCACCGUGGUACGAGAAUCUGUACGGUCUCGCCCCCGCAGAUUACUCUAUGCAGGGUAACCCUGCUGGUCUUGCUCGCAUUGACAAGUUGCUGGGCAUUGAUCUCUAUACCUCGGGCUUCAAGCAGUCUCCCGUGGUCUUUGGUGCCUUCCCCUCUCUCCACGCGGCGGACUCCACCCUGGCCGCUCUCUUCAUGAGCCAUGUCUUCCCCCGCAUGAAGUUCCUCUGGGUUACCUACACCCUCUGGAUGUGGUGGGCUACCAUGUACUUGUCUCACCACUAUGCUGUCGACCUGGUCUGUGGUGGUCUGCUCGCCACCAUUGCAUUCUACUUUGCUAAGACCCGAUUCCUACCCCGUGUUCAGUCCGAUAAGACGUUCCGCUGGGACUACGACUACGUUGAGGUCGGCGACUACUCCCGCGAGUUUGGCUAUGACCUCGCUAGUCUGGAUGGUGACCUCAACCUGGACAGUGACGAGUGGACCGUCGGUUCCUCAUCUUCGGUCUCCUCCGGCUCCCUGAGCCCCGUGGACGAUCACUACGCUUGGGAGAGCGAGACUCUGACUUCGAACCACGACCUCGAGGCCGGUCGCUAA